AUGACGCUCUGGAACUCUCUUCCCGGCAUUACACCACGAGAGGCAGUCGCAGAUACUUUCUACCGAUGCGUGGGUGGACUGGACAACAAUGACCGUUCACUUUUUGAUUCGGCGUUUACGGAAGGCCGGAAGGCUAGCACCUGGAUUACGUCCACGGUGCGUGUGACGGUCUCCAAUGUCAAUCUUUCAAACAUCCUCGCAUUCACCACCGAUCGCGAACAUGUCUUCCGCCAAAGAACAACUCUGCCUUUCGUCAACACUCUUGAGCAGCUCGACAUCCGAGGGAAUCUUGCUACCCGUGCCCCAGACUGUAUCCACGAAAGUACUCCAGCCCUCCACGGUGUCAAGCACAGGAAAACCAACGAGACAAGGCCAUCUCUCAUUACACCUAUCCAGGAGAGCCGCAUCUACUUCAAGGAUGACUAUAAGAAGAUAUGGGUGAACGAGGGCAAUGUCGUGACGGUUUACAUGAGCACCACUGCUGCAUUCCCGGGUGAAGUCAAGGGUAACGACGAGUCGAUUGACUGGACAUUCUACGGAGAGUACAUCUUUGUCUUCGAGCUGAAUGAGACUGGCGACAAGAUCAAAUACAGCCUGGAGUUCCUUGACAGAAAGAAUGCCGAAAACGUCGAAGAUCAAUCAACUAGAGAUCAGUUCAUGAUUAUUGGUUAG